UCGACUGGAGGGCUCCGGCUGUCAGCUGUGGCAGCUGCCCACCAGCAUUCCAGGAGUGACAUCACUGACGGCAAAGGAUCAGACCUGUAGGACUGCUGCUCAGCGUCCCACUCUACAUUGUGUCCCACUCCGCUAAAGUUCCCCCAUCACACCGCGUACCCCUAACCCUCUGCCCCAGCACCGGGACCGGGACCACCGCACCGUCAUGGCGGAUCAGUACAACACGAACGAGGAGAAGAUCCUGAGAGACAGCAACACCAAGGAGAUCGACCUGAUCAACAGGGACCCAAAACAGAUAAAUGAGGACGUGGUCAAGGUGGACUUUGAGGAUGUGAUUGCCGAGCCAGACGGGACCCACAGCUUGGACGGAGUGUGGAAGGCCAGCUACACCACCUUCACCGUCUCCAAGUACUGGUGCUACCGCGUGCUGUCGGCCAUCUUCGGCAUCCCGGUCGCCCUGCUGUGGGGCUUCCUGUUCGCACUCAUCUCCUUCUGCCACAUCUGGGCCGUCAUGCCCUGCAUAAAGAGUUACCUGAUCGAGACGCAGUGCCUCAGCCGCAUCUACUCCCUCUGCAUCCACACCUUCUGCGACCCUCUCUUCGAGGCACUAGGGAAGAUCUUCGGCAGCAUUCGGGUGGCCCUGCGCAAAGAGGUGUAAAAUUUCUGGGGGAAUCCCAACCCCCCUCCCCCCAUAUCACAUGCCCCCAAUUAACUGCCCCAAUCCAGAUCUGUGCCCGCCCUGCAAUGGCCGUGGAACAUUCAGCACAACCGGGGGCUUUGUGAGAGGAACACCAGAGAUUUGAUGUUAUUUCUCAAUCAAAGAAAAAUACCAGGUCCCUCAAAUGACAGGGCUCUGCCUCAUUGACCUGGCUCUGCUCAGUAAUUCAAAAGGUGAAGUCCUGAAACUGGUAACUGACUGCUCUGCCAAACCAUGUGUCUAUACAUUAGUGAAAGGACAACAGAUACCAGGAAAGUUUAAGGGAGUCUGUUUUUGAGAUAUACAUGGAAGAAAAGAAUUUCCCCCAGUUAACUAGA